CUCCGACUCUAUUCUAGCGCCCGCCACAUGUAAUCCGUGAGGUAAAAAAAACGAAUUGUUUCGGGGAGCUGAUGCGUGCACAUGGAACACGAUCGAGCAAGGAUAAGCCUGGAUAAGUGUCCGUACCGCGUACCGCGCCCCGUCUUUGCAUUCGGGGAAAAGGAUUUAAGGCUUCAUUCCGUCAUAGGGACAGAGUGGACUAGCGAAGGCCACGCGAUCAGCGAUCAUGUCGCGUGGGUGCAGAGGGGUGCAGGAGGAUGAUCCAUUUGAAUUGACGAAUAAUUUGUCCAUUUCUGAUAAGAAGAGCAGAUUGCCCAGAAUCAGCGCCCGCAGGCAUACUUAAACUAUAUUUCUCUUCAUUUUUGGGUCUUGUCUGCUGCAAGGGUGGGUCGGACCCGGCUUGCUUCCUGUUGCUGCUCCUGCUGCCUCCUGGCUCCCUGGGCUCGGGCGGCAUUGGGUAAGCACUCGGCUCGAGGUCAGUUGCGAGAGCUGCCUGCCUUGCCUGCCUGUGCUACCUUCUUUCUUCUCUCCUUCCCUCCCUAUUCUCGUCGCUCUAACGACACUUCCUUCCCCCAGAGCUCCUGUCUCUGUUCCGCUCAUUUGUAUCACCAGCCUGCUUAUUGCGGUCCCGUCCCAUAAGAACAUGCGCAUUGGGAAGGCACCCUCCCUCUCCCUCUCCCCCGCAUCGCAGAAUGGGCCCUCUGGUUCUGGUUCUUCUCCCAACAAGGAUGAUUCUGUCAAAAGGCGCCAGAGCUUCACGAGCGCCGUCUCCGCCUUCGCCGCCGAGCUGCGUUCCCGGCCUAAGAAAGCAGCAGCAUUCACGAUCCCUCGUCUCGGAGCCGCGCACAAGAGCACAGACAACCUAUCUCUCGCGCAUGCAACGCGUUCAAAGUCGUGUUCUCACCUCCCCAUAACUGCAAAUAAUGGUGACGAGCCGUUGCUUACACUCGUCCUGGCCAGCACGUCUUUUCUUGAUACGACAAUCUCGGAGAGUGGGGAACGGUUGUAUGUGAUUAACACAAAGGGUGCGCGUACGAAUAUUGCAAGAGACGACCCCGUGCAGGGUGUCGCGCAUGUCGGUGCGGUCACCUGGGUCGACGAAAAUGACGCAGACAAGCCUGUAGGCUUUCGGAGCAGCGCAACCAUCCAGAUGGCGCACGGGCGGCAAUAUUAUGUCGAGGACUUCCUCAAACGCACCAAACUCACGAGCUCUCGGCUUUUUAACAUCCCCCAUUACCCGCACUCGUUGAAAUGGAAGCGAUCGGGAGGGACUUAUAAACUUACGGUGGCGAAAGGGAAAGCGACAGUUGCGGUUCUGGAACCAGCCGUGCUUGCCGCCCCACCGCGUAUCAAAGUGUUCCAGACACUGUACGAACAUGACGAGACGCGUCCACAGCGCGAACAUCGCGGAGUACCAGUGUUCCUACUCGACUACCUGGUAGUGACCGCUUUACUUGUCGUGUCAGAAAAGGACGAAUGGCUGCAAGCUGCAAGCGGUGCAACUUCGUCAACUAGUACCCAAACGGCCUCGUCAAUUACAAGACAAGGUUCCAUUCAUAAGUGGCGAUUAGAGGUGCAAACCGAACCAUUCUCGAUCGCGGAAUUCGACGAUUCGAAUUCUAAUUCGCAGCCUCCGAGUCCAUCGGUGCCGUCAGUAAUUGAUAUCGGUCCGUCGAAGACGGAGGAUGUAGAUUCCGAUUCUAGAGCAGCCGACACGGCUGCCCUCAGGUUAUCGAAACAUAUUUCGCAGUUAGUGACGACGACGACGUCACCGGAGACGUUUACCUCACCGGGUCAUUCGUUCUCGCAUUCUUCGUUACCUUCGGCGGUGCGUAGCGCUUCUGCUGCUCAUCCUCAUCAUCCGUUCGCGAACGAGGGUGAGGAUAGUCCCUCCUCCGUCGACGAAUUUGGUGCUCGUUUCAGUCCUCUGAGAUGUGUCUUACCGCCUACACUAGGCGUAUCACUAGUAGACUCCAGCCCAAGUCCAAUGUCAAGUACGCAACCGAGUCCGGAUGAUCAGUCGUUACCUCAGCCUGUCAACAAACGUUUGAUUAUGCGUACGCGGAGCGCUGAGUCGCUCGCGGACGCCGAAACGCCGCGCCCUAUGAGUAAGAGUCUACCUGCUACGCCGAUAAUUACUAGGCCAGCUACGGCCGGUGCGAGGCCGAGGGAGAGUAGUAGGCCAUUCAGGCCGUUACCGAAGCCGCCACAGGGCGCUGUGGUAACACUAUCCAACCUGUCUAAUGAAAGAGGUGGGAGUAAUGAGAGCAUCCCGCCCGUGCCUAGCCUGCCAUCCGGACUUUCGUCCCCUGAAAAUAGCAGUGAUUUAUCUGUAUCCGAGGACGUCGGUCUUGGCGGCGGCCGACCGAAUGGCUCGCGAACUGUGUCGCUUUCGUCGAUCGUACCCUCACCUUCGCAUAGUUUUAUGGGAGGGCUGGCGAGUCUUACUGCUUCUCCUGAUUCUGAGAGCCCUGUUUCAUCAUCGGCGGAGGGGGUGGAUAGACCGAGGUCUAUUAGACGUACGGCGUCUGAGACCACGUUAUCUGUACGGGUGACUACGGAGUCAUCGUCACCUACUUCGGAUUCGUCAGCGCAUUCACAUUCGCAGUGUCAUUUGGAAGAAAUGAUUCAGAGGGAUCGGCAUAGAUCCUCGAAUAAUUCGGAUGGCUCGCUCUUGAAAAAUAUGCAACGGCGCUCGAUUAUGAGGCAAACGCUCGUCAGUCCCGAGGAUUCUCCAUCAGCGCCAUCAGCGCCGCCCGCGCCGAGCAGAACGUUAUCAGCGCCCUCGGUGCCGUCAGUACCGAUCGUCAUUCCCCGAACAGCUCCUUUACGGAUUCGAAAUAAUAGCAAUAAUAAUACGCGUACUCCUCCUCCUCCCCUUCCUACUUCUCAUGUGCAAAAUCAGAGUCAUCCGAGAGCGUCGACUUCUUCGAGCGUGACCUCCGCCUCCUCGUCCGCCGUUCCGUAUAUGCAUAUGCAUUUACAUUCCCCACGUACACCGACGCAGUUCCAUGUACAAAAUGAAGUGCGGAGUCGGGCGAGUCUUGAUUCUGACCGGCGGCCUUCUUUGCCUGAGGUAUCUUCCUCUGGUUUUGGAUCACUAGGCGGAGUGGUGGGCAACAGGAAGAUAAUGGGGGGAAACAGCGAGGAUGAGGAUGGUGAAGAGUGUGAUGUGUAUGGAUGCGGUGCUCCACCUGCGUACGACUCAAUUGAUUUUUCGCACCCGCCGUUGAAGCAGAGUUCGUUUCGGGGUGUUGGGUAGGUGGCUGGGCGAGUAGAGCCUUGAUUUGGUUUUCUUGUUCCUUCAACUUUCUUUCCUGCUCUUUCCAUUUGUUUUUGAUGGUUUCCUGGAUGGAUCUUGAAUUGGUGGAUUGGACGGACAAUUAAAAAGUUCCGUCCCCAUCGCCUUCGUUUCGUUGCCUUUUUCCAAUUUAGCAGUCUUGGUGGAAGUCAUCGUGACAGUUCUGUUAUCCUAUUAUCUCAAUCUCUCCAUGAAGUCCGUGCACUGCAGAGCAUACGUACGCACAAUGUACAACAUACCACACUAUAUUAUACUCUGCGCAGCACGUCCUUCAUCAUCCGUCAUCUAUUCCUGUCCAUCAUUUACUCCAUCCAUCUAACUCACACCCACCC